UGAAAACAAGCAUUUAUAAUUUAGAGAUUGUGGUAAUUACAUAUAGAAAUAGGCGAGCAAUUACAGUGAAUGUGAAAUUCAUCCUCUCACAUGUUGAAAUAUCGUAAACUAGUGCUUUGAUGCGAUAUGGUUCAUCUCUAUAAAUUCCCUCAUUUACAAUCGGAAAGGCAAAGGCAGGCUCACAGUUUGAUUGUGGUAUAUGCUGAAAAGUGCGCCCAUGGAAUUCCAGAAGCUGUCGAGGGAUGUAAACUUGAUAUCAGGUGAGUGGCGUUUGGCUUCUGUUGAUGAAGUUAGAAGCAAUUUCGAAGAGAUUAAAAGCCAAGCUGGAAUCCUUCAGCAGUGGAGUAUUCUCCGCCUUUUAGAUGGAUGGGUGGCGGGGUUCGGGUAUAAUUAUGAACUUGAGCAAGGCUACAAGAGCAUCACGACAAUGGGCGAGAUGCUGGUUGUUAAAACCAACAUAUCAAGACCACCAAAUGGUUUGUUCAAUCCAGAAAUGUACUCCGGAGUUGAGUUGAGUGUUCAAGGAAGAGAGGCUGCUCUGUUAUUGUCUGUUGAUGAUAAAAUCACUGAAGUCGUUCUCUUCGUCCUUUACCUUUUCGCCAAGGAUGCAGAGCGUCUAGCCGAGCUUGAGAAGUUGAUCCUCAAGAUUAAGGAAGACCUGGGCUGCGACUGCUAAGAAUGAUGGCUUGCCAUCUUUUCCUCUCUUAUACUACGCUUCAGUGUUGUUCUUCCUCUUGUCAUCUUUGAAUGUUCUUCUUUUACGCUCCUUUUACCUCUACCUUCAUUGUCAUGUCUACCAACUACUGUGUCAUCUCGUGUUUCUUCUGCAUACUAUAUAUCUAAAUAAAAUUCUAGUCUAUGGUUGAUAUUAUCAAUUCUAGUUUU